GAAGAGAUUAAUUUGGUUCCUUAGCUUAUAGCUUAUUUGGCAGCUUCCAAGUGACCAAAAAUGGUGAAGAUUAAUUGGGGUAGCAUUGGCGACUCUUUUUCGGUUACGUCGCUAAAGGCUUACAUUGCUGAGUUCAUUGCUACCCUUCUCUUUGUUUUUGCUGGUGUUGGUUCUGCUAUAGCUUAUAACAAGCUCACGUCUGAUGCAGCUCUCGACCCACCCGGUUUGGUGGCAGUCGCGGUGGCUCACGCAUUUGCAUUGUUCGUAGGCGUUUCCAUGGCGGCCAAUGUGUCCGGUGGUCAUUUGAAUCCGGCUGUCACAUUCGGAUUGGCCAUCGGAGGCAACAUCACCAUCAUAACUGGCCUUUUCUAUUGGAUUGCACAAUUGCUUGGUUCUAUUGUUGCAUGCCUUCUCCUCAAAUUUGUCACCGGUGGCUUGGCCAUUCCCACUCAUGCAGUUGCUUCUGGUAUGAAUGCUGUGGAGGGUGUUGUAAUGGAGAUUGUCAUCACUUUUGCUUUGGUCUACACAGUCUAUGCCACUGCUGCGGACCCCAAAAAAGGCUCGUUGGGCACAAUUGCACCCAUUGCAAUUGGGUUCAUUGUGGGUGCAAACAUUUUAGCUGCUGGCCCAUUUAGUGGUGGAUCGAUGAACCCGGCCCGAUCAUUUGGGCCAGCCGUUGCCGCAGUCGACUUCUCUCAGAACUGGAUCUAUUGGGUCGGCCCACUUAUUGGUGGAGGAUUGGCUGGCCUGGUAUAUGGUGAUGUUUUUAUUGGAUCAUAUGCCCCACUUCCAGUCCAAGAAGAAUAUCCUUAAGAAUUUUUAUUAUUGGCAAGUACUUGUGCUUAUGUAAUUCUCUACCUUUGCUUUUGAGUUUGUAUAUUUUGAUCAGGAAUAGAAGAUCUUGUAUUUUCGACUUCGAAUAAGAAAUGUAAAUAAAUUGUAUUUUUUUUCAAGUUGUUA